UUUUCAUCUGGGGUUUGGUUAUUCAUGGUGGAAUCACACUGACCCUACGCCCGUGUUGUUUGUUUGAUACGGGUUAGAUCUAGGUUAUCCAUAUUUUUUGCUAAUGUUAGUGGAUCUGAUCAAUGCCGUUUGUCUCCUCGGAUCUAGGGCUUGAAUUGGGUCGCAAACGCUCCUUUUCUUCCUUCCUUUCGUUCUUUCUUUCUUUCUUUUCUGAUGAAAUGCAAGAAUAGGACAAUUCUCUGCGAUCCUCUCAUCCCCUUGUUGAGAAUUUAAGGGUGAGUUCUGAGUCUUCUGACUCUACUCAACUAAGCCAAGUAGGUGUAUUAAGUUGGCUUUAGUCUGGGUUUUCUUGGUUUUUCGGGGUGCGGAAAAGUUUGGCAGCCUUUUAAAUUCAAAUUUUAUUUUAUUUUUCUGACAAUUUCGCAGAGGAAUCGGUGUUCUUGGGUGUCUUUUGAUGUUUACUAUCAAAUGAAUGUGCGGUUUGUUCAAAUGUAUGCUUGAUCUGCUGGGGACUGGUUGCAGGGUCCUUAUGUGUACUACCUCUACAGUCAAUAUGGUUAUGGGAAGGGGGACAUUGGGCAACUGUUUAUUGCUGGUUUUGGGUCCUCUAUGUUGUUUGGGACAAUUGUUGGGUCUCUGGCUGAUAAACAGGGUCGGAAGAGGGCAUGCGUUACUUACUGCAUAACUUAUAUACUGAGCUGCAUCACCAAGCAUUCUCCUCAGUACAAAAUUUUAAUGUUGGGACGUAUAUUGGGAGGAAUUGCUACUUCUCUGCUUUUUUCAGCCUUUGAAUCAUGGCUAGUUGCAGAACACAACAAGAGGGGUUUUGAACAACAGUGGCUGUCACUUACAUUCUCUAAGGCAAUAUUUCUUGGCAAUGGUCUAAUUGCCAUUCUGUCUGGAUUGUUUGGAAAUGUACUAGUUGAUACUCUAGGCCUUGGUCCUGUUGCUCCAUUUGAUGCUGCUGCAUGCUUUCUUGCAAUCGGUAUGGCAAUCAUAUUAUCAUCAUGGACUGAAAAUUAUGGAGAUCCUUCAGAAAGCAAGGACUUGCUUACGCAAUUUAAGGGUGCUGCUGUAGCUAUUGCAUCUGAUGAGAAAAUAGCAUUGCUGGGUGCAAUACAGUCUCUAUUUGAAGGUUCAAUGUACACAUUUGUGUUCCUUUGGACUCCUGCUUUGAGUCCGAAUGAAGAGGAAAUUCCACAUGGUUUCAUCUUUGCAACUUUCAUGUUGGCUUCAAUGUUGGGAAGCUCAAUUGCAUCUCGACUGAUGGCCCGCUCAUCAACAAGAGUUGAAAGCUACAUGCAAAUUGUGUUUACAAUCUCAUCUGCCUCUCUCCUGCUUCCCACUGUAAUAAAUUUCCUGGUAGCACCUUCUGAUGUGAAAGGUGGAAGCAUUUCAUUCAAAGGGUGUAUCCAGCUUCUUGGCUUCUGCACAUUUGAAGCAUGUGUGGGGAUAUUCUGGCCUUCCAUCAUGAAGAUGAGAUCCCAAUACAUUCCAGAGGAGGCACGGAGCACUAUCAUGAACUUCUUCCGCAUUCCUCUCAAUAUCUUUGUGUGCAUUGUGCUGUACAAUGUUAAUGCAUUUCCAAUCACUGUCAUGUUUGGCAUGUGCUCGAUUUUCCUCUUUGUGGCAACACUGUUGCAAAGGAGGCUCAUGAUGAUUUCAGAGAGCCAAAGAUCGAGGCCACAAGAUUGGAAGGAGAGGGACACAGAGGCAGAAUCAUUAAAUAUCUGAUUGAAGUGGGACUACCUUUUUCUUGUUAUUUACUGUUGAAGCUGCAUUUAGCUUUGCUGUUGGCCAUCAUAGUAUGGAAUUAUUCCUAAUUGUUGAGCCUAUCGAGUAUCACAAAGGGGCACUGACUGUUGGGCUUGACAUAACAGAAAUGAUUUUUGGGGAGGAGACGAAUUCUGUACCUCUUUUUAAAUAGUGUUUUCUGAAAUGGUUGCUGUAUAAAUACUGGUUAUAUAUCCCUAAGAUGUUAAUGUUAGGAAGUUCAAAGUUUUUUGUCA